GACACUAUAUUUGAACAGAUUGCAUUGCUUUAGGAUUCCUGCUUAUUGAUCUCAUACAUUCAGCGCUCUCACAUCUCAAUGAACUGUUUGCCUACAUCUACUUGUCCUAUCAGAAUCUGAAUGAAAUUCUCAAGAAUUUUGAGAUACACUAAUACUUUCCAUCCGAAGUACUAACCCUCCAACCCAAUUGCAAACAAGGAAACCCAGGAUUAGGUUACUAGUAACUCAUGCCUACCAAGGUGAGAGUAGCAGAACAAACAAUAGUACAUUCUCGAUCAGCCACAGUUUUCUUCUUCCAAGCAGUUCUUUUAAGAACCCUGAGAUUGCACUCGGAAACCUAACCGCACAUUAGACCCUAACACCUCAACAAACGCGAAACAAAAUUGUUGUCAGAAAAAAGGAUAAAAAGAUCACGCAGAUGCACACACACAAGCUUCCCAGUGAAAUCUGAAAUUGGACCAAGAACACCAUAAAACUAGUUUCAGUUCUUAGCACAUGCAGAAAGCUCAUCUCUCCCACUUGGGCUGCAUUCCAGCAGAUCAGCAAAACAAAAGCCAAACACAAGUGAAUCUGCUGGAAUCAAAACUCUACAGAAGCAAUUCCAGUGAAAUCAAAGAUAGUAAUAUGGAGCUGCGACUGCCUGGGGCGAAGAGAGUGUGCGCUUACGGAUGGAGUCGAAGGAUCGGAUGGCCGAAGUUGGCUGAAGUUAUGUGGGUCAAAAGAAGGCAAGUCGCCAAGCAUAGACCCCAUGGAAUGCUGGAUUCGCUUCGCUGGUUGCCCAAAUCUAGAGAGAGAGAAAGAGAGACAAGGCAGGCGAUGAAGAAGGAGAAGACAAUGGGCCGAUGGAUUCUAGAAAUUGGGUCUGGUUUUGGUUGGCAGUUUUGCAGAAUUUUUGCAUGACAAGGCGCGGUUCGUAAAUAAAGGACGAGUCUUUCUCCGAAAGAAUGAAGAAAGCUCAGCUGAAAAGUAAAUAGGGAAACAAAGAGCCAAGGUUGGACGGACGGACGGACGGACGGACGGACGGACUAUAAUCCGCCUUCAUUUCUGAGGACCUGCCACGGCGUCGUUUGGUUAGGUUGAAGAAGUCGGGUCAACGGGGCCCAGACCCACAACAACCCAACCGAAACCGCGAUUCAUUGAAUCCCGACCGUUAAAGAGAGCAUCCCCACCAAGCUCAAGACGUUCAUAACACACCUGAUUUGCUCCUUUUUUCCUAUUCAUUCGCCCUAGGUUUCCUUCUCUCGUUCUCCCUGUCAAAUUUCUCCUCUUCCGCUUCCUUCCCAACCGUCGGCUGACAGUCUCGGCCGCCGCACGCAGCUGAAGAAGGAUACCACGGGAGAGUAAAAGAAAAAAAAUGGCCGCUCCCGAAGCCCCUCUCAACUACGUCGGCGUAGCCCGAAAGUCCGCCGCUUUCCGGCUCAUGAAACAAAUGGGAUGGGAAGAAGGAGAGGGGCUCGGUAAAGAUAAGCAGGGGAUCAAGGGACAUGUUAGGGUCAAGAACAAGCAGGACACUGCUGGUGUGGGAGUGGAGAAGCCAAACCCUUGGGCUUUUGAUACUACCCAAUUCGAUAGUAUCUUGAAGAGAUUGAAAGUGCAAGCGGUGCAGAACACUGAUGCAGCUAUUGCAAGAGAUGACAAAGAAGAGAAACCUGAGGAUAAGGCUGUUUCUACAGAGGUUCAAGAACCGGUUGCAAAAGCUACUCGACCACAAGGAAGAUACAAGAAGAGAGAGAGGGGUAAGCUUGUUACCGCCUAUUCUUUGAAGGAUUUGGAAGGGAUUCUUGUUAGAAAGACCGAGGAGUCAACAAUUCCUGAUGAAUUGGACUCUGCAGAAGAUUCAGCUUCCCAAAUCUAUAACCCUUCAGAGGCUGAGAUUGUUGAGCCUCCUCCGGACUGGUGGGGCUACAAAAUUGGGUUCGUCUGUGGUGGUCUUCUUGGAGCUCGUUCUACCAAGAAGAAAUCAUCCAAAAAUGGAGAUGCUCAAAAUCAUAAAGAGAGAACUGCUUUCCAUGAAGAAGAUCAAGAGAACCUCUACAAUCUUGUCCAAGAUAAUGCCACGUCUGGGAAACAAGGACUGGGGAUUAAGAGCAGGCCAAAGAAGAUAGCAGGUGUCCGCUUUCAGGGGAAAAAGAAAUCCUUUGGUGGCAGUGAGGAUGAUGAUUCUGCUGAUGAUGGCGAGGACUCUGCUGAAUAUGACUCCACAGCAGAGGAACUAUGUGAUGAUGGUGAUAAAGAUAUGGAAACUGUUAACGAUAAGAUUUCUACUGACUUGGAUUCCACAAGGAAAAGGAAAUAUGAUGAGACGCUAUCAGGUGUAGAAGGUGAAGUGCAAAAGGUUAACCUGAAAAAGCUGUGUAAACGGCUACUACAGCAGGUGCCUGGAGAAUCGAUGAAGCUAAAAAAGCUUAAGGUUCUUGUUGAUGAGCACUCGUCCUCUGCUUUCUCGAACUUCUCUUCGAAAAAAGAUGCCCUUGCUCACUUAAAGCAGAAGCUGGAAGGUAGUGGGAAGUUUGCGGUUGAUGGUAAGAGAGUAAGUCUCUCUUCGAGAAGCGGCUGAAGAAGUUUUGGUUGAUUUUUGUAUCUACCGGAGAUUGAGAUUGUAUACCUGAGCUGGAUCUUGUCGAUGAAGUAAUCAUGUUUUGCAUCAAGGUCUAGGUCAUAUUAAGUGUUAGUAAAGGAAAUUUUGUUGG